CGAGAAUGACAAAACAUUGAGCGAACAGUCAAACGAAAACAAACAAGGAUUCCAAGUUUUGUUUGAAUUCUGUAAAGUUCAGUGUUUCAAGAUUCACUUCGUUCAGUUUCUUAAGAGUCCAUAGUAGAGGAUGAAAAAAAAACGUUUUUUCAACAUAUAAAACCAACAUGGACUUUAAUUCGUACAAUUCCAGCAAAGAAGUUGUUCGUGCUGCCUGCAAGAAAUGUGGCUACAGUGGUCAUUUGACCUUUCAGUGUCGCAACUUUCUCAAAGUUGAUCCGAAUAAAGAAAUAUUGCUGGACGUUAGCAGCACCAGCAGUGAUUCGGACACUCAAUAUUUGACUCCAUUGACGGAACUGCGGCAGAAGGAAUUGGUGGACAAAAAACGCGAAUUGGAAACGGUGAACAAAAAGAAAUCGUCGCAUAAAAAGUCGAAACGGAAAAUGAAGAAGAAAGAGAAAUCGAAGAAGCGAAAAGUGUCCGAUUCCAGUAGUACAGACUCAGACAGUGAAAGUGAUUCGGACAGUUCCGAUUCGUCGCGUACGAAGAAAAGACGCAAGACCAAAAGGAAGAAAGACAAAAAGCGUCGUGCUAGGACUGAUAGCAGUUCAGCAUCAAGCGAUUGAGAUCUGAUCUGAAGUUGAAGCUGAUUUUUGUAACGAUUUUUAAUGCCUUUGUUGCAUCAUAUCAUCUCGUUUCAUUGGCCGUAGAGUCGGUGAAGCAUUUGUCCAUCAAAAUGAGAAAUAAAAAAAAUUGAAACUGAAACAU